UCCUUGUUCGGUGAUACUUAAUUGUUGGCGACAUUCAAAUGUUGAUGAUAACAUUAAAAAAUGAGAUUUGUGAAAAUAAUUUUCUUGUCUGAAUACACUUCUAGCUACAAAAACACAACUCGUCCGCAGCUAAAAUACAGACGACGACGAUGAAGAGUACGACGACGACGACGAUGAUGAGACCGACGUUCGCUAAGAUGACGAUAACAACGAUGACGACAUUCAACAGCGACCAACAGAUGAUGGCACAUAGCGACGUUGAUACAGUACAAGUUCCAAAACCGACGAACUUGUCAGCUCAUUUUGUGAAGAACCACCUGAUCAUCACAUGGCACCUACCUCCAACAAACUACAUCCUCCAUACCUUCACAUAUCAUUUCAUCCUGCAAUAUAAAACAAUCACUCAUUGGUUAACGUUGGCCGAUGACCUGAAGAUAACCAGCUUCAAUUGGACCACAGUUUCUAGGGACAUCACGUACUACUUCAAAGUGGCAAUGGUCGUUAAAAUAUUAAGCACCAACGAGAUCAUUAAAGGAAACUUCAGUGACGUUUUCAUGUACUACACCGGAGAUCCGAUGAUAGGAAACAGCAGCUUGUUCAGCGACCAGAUCCUGGGCGUUGUGGUGGCUCUGUUGUUCGUCGCCUGCGUUCUUCUGCUGUUCAUGUGCCUGUUCAUAAAGAGGAGGUGCAAGAAGGCAAUCAAAGACAAGAAGCACAAAGGUCGAAUGUGUUCAUCGCACGCACUGCACCACCACAACGAUUGCACGAGCAACAUCACGGAAAGUGAAUCACUCUACAAACCGAACAUCACGAGAAUCAAAGAGACUCCUAUCUGAUUUACAGAACAGAUAGACAAAAUGAUGGAAAAGUGCCUCAUCGACUAGACUUAAUUAAUUAUUAAUUUGUAAACUUCGUCACACCGUUGUUAGACGGACAAACGCUGUUUUCUAUACAAAUAAAUAAUACAACAUCUCCAACAAUCGAAAUUUCAUAAAACAUAACGAAAAUAAAAUUUAUGUGAUAGACGUAUGUUACGAGACACCCAUCAAGUUGUUCAGUUACGGUUGCAUUGGUUUGUAUGUUCUAUCAAAUAUAACUGUUGCAUAUACUGAGUUCAUGUGCGAAUGUAUAAAUGUUUGUUUUAAAUUUUGCAUAUGUACGAGACAAGUUUUGUUCUUCUAUGUAGGAAAACGUGUUUUAAUUUAUUCAUUGCUUAUCCAGAAACCAAAAUCGUUCAAAAUUUUUU